GGGACUCGCAACUUCACAAACUCAAUUCAAUAUUUGCACGCUUUAGAACUGCAGUCUUUGGGAGCUCAAUUGGCAAGCUGUGUCUUGACUCUUGAGUUAUUUAGAUGUCGACGGAGGAACAGAGCAUUGACGUAGCUAACAGUUCGGAAAGCAAAGCCCAGAAUCAUGAACAAGAGGAACUAGAUGAAGAGUUACGCGCCCUUCUACUGCCCGACGUAUCCAGUCUUCCCCAGACUCCACCUUCCGCCGUUGAAUCCAACUUUGUCACUUACUUUGCUUUAGAUUUUAUGAAGCCCGGACACGAUCAGUAUGUUUACCGGCACGCCAAUGGCUUGUGUGUGAUCGGCUUGGCUCCUUCCCACGUUGCUUUCAAAGAUGAAGGUGGAAUCACAGCUGUGGAUUUUAAUGUUGGAAAGUCUGAUCGCAGCGGCGUUAAGGUCACAGGAAAGCGGAAGAAGAAUGCUCAACAUUUUGAGUCCAACACAGCGUUGUGUAAAAUUUCUACUUGUAAUGAUUCUUAUAUAGUAAGGUGUUGUGUCAAAGGCUCUCUUUUGGAAGUAAAUCAGCAACUAAUCAAGCAGCCAGAUUUGCUUAAUACUUCGGCAGAUAGAGAAGGAUAUAUUGCUAUUAUAAUGCCAAAACCUGCUGAUUGGCUCAAGAUCAAGGCUUCACUCGUGGGACUUCAGGAGUACAAGAAGUUGAGGCAAGUCUCAUGAAUCUUUUGUCUGUCCCACGAUGGAACCUUAAGAAUCUAAACAAGUCUCGCGCCUUAUCCUAGUGCUUCCGAGAUUUCUUUACCCUCAAUUGAUGGGGCGCCAAAUGCAUGCUACAUGUUGGAUGAUACCAGAGCAGCAGAGCUUGUGUUUUGUGUCACGUCAAAGGAGCCUUUAGGUUUACUUUGUUAGUGUAUUUUCUGUUAUUUAAAACGAAUAUCUAUUGCUUGAUUUCAACAACAACAACAACAACAAGCCUUUAUCCCACUAGGUGGGGUCGGCUACAUGGAUUGCAAGACGCCAUUGUGCUCUAUUAUUUAUUAAGCUUUUAGAAUAUUAUUAAUCAAGAGAUCACGUUCAACAA